CACGCUGACACCAAGCGAACACUGGGCGCAUACACACACACACAUUACACACACACUCACACAGGGCUCACCAUAUUAUCGACAGAUCCGAGUCAGGAGUACAGUCGAGGAGAACACAUUGAAGUGACUAAAAGCUUCUUCUGUGAGAGGAAACGAGAGAGGAAAAAAAAAACGCUGAAAAAAAAAAAGAAACAGAGGAAAUCCCCCGAAAGGAAAUGCCAAUCGCAGCCGCUGGACAGCCAACGACUCAGGAGCCUAGAGUUUGCUCCCGGCUGCCCUCCACCCCGGAGCCUGUCCCUAAAGGGGCUGAUUUAUUCGACGAGGCGGGGGCGGCGGAGUCGGCGGAGCGAACAGAGUACGGGGGCGCAGAGGGGGGCAGAGGACUCGGGGGCUAUAGUUACAGCCAGAGCGGCGCUAGGGGCUUUGUACAACCCGGAUCCAUCAACGGCUCUCCGCCGCAGUCCCCAGCCGCGUCCUCCUCUUUUCUCUUCCACCCCCUUCACCCCCACCAAAUGGCCAUGGAGCCCCCAAGGACUCGAUCGCGUUCCCGGUCUGGAUAUUACCAGCAGUAUGGUGGUGGGAAUGGCAAUGGGAUUACCGGCAGCGGAGUCAUGGGAUCUAACCACCACCACCACCACCAUCCCCACUACCACCACCAGCAGCAGCAGCAGCAGCAGCAGCUACAUCCACAUUCCACAGCAGCAGCAGCAGCAGCAGCAGCCAGCAGCAGCUCGGUGCCGUGCUCUCACCCCUUUCAUGUGUAUUUCCAACCUUGUCCUCUUCCUCUGUACUGCCACUUUGCCUUCGUCUUGUCCCCCACGUUCUCUCCCGCAGUCAUUUCUCUCCUUCACGCCCCCUCUUCAUCCUCACCUCCCAUCACCGUUGUGCCGGCCUUGUCUUUCACCCUUUUUCCAAGACAUCCUCUUUUAUUCUACGAGCUGCUGGUAUGCUUCAGAUGGAACAACGGGCAUCGUGGACUGGGAAGAUUUCAGGCCGGGGUCUCGGACAGACAGAGGAAAAAAGGGGGGCAGGAGCUAGAGGAAGAGGGGACUGUGGAGGGGUUCAGUUUAUCUGAUGGAAGGGGGAGUGAGGAAAGCCCCAGUCCAAAGCGCCAGAGGCUGUCCAGUCAGUCUGUCUUGGAACAGCUAACCUCAUCCGCCCCCCCACCGUCCACCCCAUCUCCCCCCAUCCGGCCCUGGGAGUCAGCACCCCCAAGUCGGAGACAACCUCACCCCCACACACACUACCACCAGGAGAGAUGCCUCACUCCUGCUCGGCACAGACGCAGCCCGCCAGCAAGGCGACAGCGCGGCCGUCUCUCCAGACCCACCCGUCACUUGCCUCCCCAUCACCACCCCACCAGCCAAGGUCCCACACCUCGCCUGUCGCCAUCCGAGCUCCAGGAUGAAAACUACCACCGCAACCUCCAUGCCUCCACACACCAGACAUACCCAACGCACACACCCAGCGCCUAUGGUCAGCCUCCCACAGCUGGGGGAGGGGGGGCAGGUUUGGAGGAGCCCCGAGCUUUCCACCCCCCCACCUUGUCGCCACGACUAUUGCACCCGGACUGCCACCACCACCACCAUCACCAUCAUCAUCAGCAGCAGCAUCAUGCGACGCAACAGCAGCAAGGAGCCAUGGUCAUGGACUUGCAUGAACAGCUGCAGCAAGCCAGUGUACCAGUCUCAUACACAGUGACCCCAGUCCCUCCACACGGUCUCGCAGCACCUUUGUGUAGCAGCCAGCACCUACCCCCUACCUGUUCUUCACAACAACAAGUCCCCGCCUGCAGCGUGGUCUUCAGCACUGGACAACACUACCACCCGAUGCUACAGGCAUGUUCAAUGCAACAUCUGCCAGUGCCCUAUGCCUUCCCCUCGCUGCUGUCCAGUGACCCUCAGUUCCUGCUUCCCCAUCCACCCCACCUCUCUCAUCACCCAGCCCACCUCCCCACACCAGGACAGUUCCUGCCUUUCCAGACACAACAGCCACGAUCGCCCUUACAGAGGAUUGAAAAUGAGGUUGACAUUCUGGGAGAGCAGCUUUCAGUUGGUGGGGGCUUCAGCUACGCCCACCAUCACCACCACCAUCACCACCAGCCUCCCUCCACCCUGCCGCCAUCCACACCACUCCAGUUCCUCUCUCACCAUGACCCCCUGUCGCAGGAGCUUUUUACAGUGCCCUAUCCCCACUUUAUGCCUCGCCGAUUCACAAGCCGGCGGUACCGCUCUCAGCAGGCUGUACCCCCAUCCCCCUACCACCCCAGCUUCCUGCCUUACUUCCUGUCUAUGCUUCCUGUGCCCCCAAAUGUGGCCCCCACUAUCAGUCUAGAGCUGGAUGUAGACGAUGGAGAGGUGGAGAACUAUGAGGCCCUGUUGAACCUUGCAGAACGUCUAGGAGAGGCCAAGCCCCGUGGUCUAACUAAAGCAGAUAUAGAACAGCUUCCAUCAUACAGGUUCAACCCCAACAACCACCAGUCUGAGCAAACACUGUGUGUGGUGUGUAUGUGUGACUUCGAGUCCCGCCAGCUCCUGAGGGUCUUGCCCUGUAAUCACGAGUUCCAUGCCAAGUGUGUAGACAAGUGGCUUAAGGCUAACAGAACCUGUCCCAUCUGUCGAGCUGAUGCUUCUGAGGUCCAGCGGGAUUCUGAGUGACCUCAUCAACAGCAAACACCCACAAUCCCUGACUACCUUUUGGAUGCACCAACCGAUCAGUGAACUUCUCCCCCUCUAUCAUAAACCUCUGCUCACACAUAACUGGGACCAGUGCUCCUUAUUCCUUAACCCCCUUAUCCUCCAGGACACUGAACAGUAAUUCUCACCUGGGAUCAGCAACUUCCUACUGACUCCUGCUCACUUUAUUGCUGGACUUCCUAGGCCUUCUGUUUUGGACUACUACGCCCCUACUACUCUGCCUUCUGCCCAUGGUUACUCCUUACUACGAAUGGCCUUUGAAACACAUACACCCAGUGUCAUGUGCAGGUGCACAUAUAUAAGUGUAUUUUUUUAAACUUGUUAUGAGCCCUUCCAAACUGAGGCGACCUGUUCAGUCCUCUAGGUGAUGGACAGAGAAAAAGACUUCUGUAUAGCUGUACUAACAAACAUUUAGGGAGAAUUGGCAGUCCAAAGAUUAUGAUAAUGUCAUUGUUAUUAUUCUGGUCAUAAUUAAGCAUCCACAUCUUGGCUUACAGAGACUCAUUUUUACUAGACUUAUUAUAAUUGCAGUUGAACAGUGUCAGUCCAUUUUAAAUUUCUGUUUAUAAUGUUUAUUCUUGCAUUCCUUGGCGUGAGAGCAGUCUGUAUGGGGUGAAACGAAGAUACUGUACACUGUGAGUCAAAGAGUGAGCUACUUUGGAACAGUGAAAAAUAUACUUUAUUUUCUUUAUACGUGUGUGGGUGUGGGUGUGUGUGUGUGUGUGUGUGUGUGUGUGUGUGUUAAUCCUGUGGUAUUUAUACAGUUCAUGUGGUACAACGCAUUGACUUCGACAAUACUGUUGUUCUCACUCUACUUCAGAUAGAUUUAGACUCACUGGAGGUUGAAGGUAAACUCAGACCUACCCAAGUGUAGGACCAGGGACACCUCCAGGGAAGUUAACAAUGCUUUUGUGUCAUGUCAUCACGCUCUACACUCUUGACUCCAUCACUCUAUGUCUGCCCAUCUUCCUUGCUCUCGUCACAAACUAGUAAAGGCUGGAGGCUUUUGAAAUACUUUUUUUUGAUACUGUAUGUCCUAUCCUUAAAAAAACGGAUCAGGACUAUUUAAAUCUUUCUCAACAUAUCCACUAAGCUCUCCCCCAGGGCACAUUAUGUGAAUACAGUUGAAUCUUACAGAGCUGACAAGGUGGAUGCAAAACAUUCAUUAAAAAUCUCACCAAAACAUUCAUACAUGCUCAGUUUACUAGCUUUCUUAUGGGAAUGAGGCCUUUAAAAACAUGUGUCUAUAUGUUCUGGUACCCAAGCAGCUUUGUGUAAGCGUUGGUAGAUACAGAUGCAAUGUUUUCUCCAUCACCGACAAGGAACAAGUUUGAAGAGCCAGAAGGUCACAGCUAAAUCUACUGUUUCACCACACGGUGGAUUUCACACUUGAGCACUUUAAUACGUAGAUUUAAGACCUACACCCUCUUUUCAUUCUGAACAGACCACUGACCAGUUUCCCACAGUCCAUGUGUGUAUGAGAACAAACGUUUGAAUGCAUUAAAAAUUGAUAAAUGUACUCUGUCAAUGCACCUUACAGUAUCCCAAUAUGUCAGUUGCUUUAUAUUCUUCUCACUGCACAUCUUUUUAUUUCCAGAGGUUUUGGGGCUCUGUUUCUUAAAAAAAUACUCUAUCUCUGUAAGGCCUAUGUCAGCAUGUGAUAAUGUAACUCCGAGAUGUUCACCUCGUGCACAGAGCAGGCUUUCUAAUGUAAUUUAUCACUAUUUAUCACAAUUGGUGUUUUGUGUCAAGAUGACAACCUAGCAUAGGCCUUAUAGAGAUUAGAGACACAAGUUUGGUUUGGAACGUUCAGCCAGGCACAUGCAGUGUCUUACAUCUGAGAUGCCUUUUACAAAGCUUCAUUUUCUCCAGGUACAAACUUGUAUCUAUCGCCACAUAACACCAAUACAUUUUACAAAACCAACAAUGUAUAAGUCAUAAUUUCUGAAAAAAACUGUUCUCCAGCGUUGUCAGUGUAUAAAGUCAUGUAAUAUUCAUGGGAAUGGAGGAAAAUUAUAUUUUGUCAUCUUUUUUCUUUUGGGGUCAUUUGUGACUGUAUGCAUCCAUUUUGUGUCUUAGGGUUGUUUUAUGUUGGACAGAUUUUUUUUGUUGCUUGGUACACUAGCAAUUACCUCAGUCCCACUAUUUAUGUCUUCAGAAAAUGGCGCAACCAGUAUGAUUAGUGCUUAUCAAUUUUUUUUGCUAAUCUUUUCCAUGCAAGUUGUUGGGUUGUUUGAAUAUUUUUCCUUUUAAACUCUAUGAAACUGUCAUUAAAAUGGUGUCAUAGUAGUUUCAUUAUGUAUUAUAUCUGUAACCAAAAUCAUUUGAAGGCCUGUUAUGAUGAUAAUGAAAUUUUUAACAAACAUUUGUACAUUUUGUAUGAGAGUUAUUACUAGUAAUACUUUAUUAAGUAGUGCAAUGAUUUUUUUAAUCCCUUACCCCGUCUUUUGGAUUUCAAAAGCUGGUUCAAUAAUAAAUGUAUAACAUCUUCUAAAACA